AUGAUCAAAUUACACUAUUUGUUAUAUUUUAUGUCUGCAUCUGCACUGGUAUUUCCUUUUAUAAUAUGGAUCUUAGCCGUAUGUCAGAGCAAAGUGGUGCCAAUAUUUCCCUACAUAAGCGAUGUGGGUACUGUACCUCCCGGUGCAUCACUGUUCUCAUUGAUGAUGAAUGUGAUUGGAUUUAUGUUACUAAUGUUAGCCAAAAUUAGAUAUGAUAUAAUCAAACUGUCUAUUGCUCAUAAAGAUAUCAUUGAUGGCGAUAACUUAGUGGCUAUUAAACGGUGGAGCCGUUGGUCACUAAUAUCGGGUUGUAUAACAUCGGGUUCAGCCGUAAUGAUCGGUAACUUUAGAUCGGCCGAAAUGUUUUUAGUACAAUCGGUGCACUGUAUGGUCGCCGCUACUCUGUUUAUGGGCUCAAUCAUUGAUAUGGCUAUGCAAAGCAAAGUAGCAUAUCUUAUGUCAGACAAGAGAACCGGUAGAUAUCGGUUUAUACUGACUAUUGUCAACCUGUUUGUCAAUUCAGUGUCCGGACUUACGGGACUGAUAUCACUGAUACAAUACUAUCCCGAAAUUCUCGAAAAUGCUAACCGCAUGGCAUGGGAUAGUAGUAAACCGGGUUAUAUACCUCAUGUCAUAUCAGCACUAUUUGAAUGGUUUAUAGCAUUUAUUUGGUGUCCGUAUGUCCUGACCUACGCGCGGGACUUCAAACAAUACUCACUCUCAAAGACAUUAAUUGUUUACAAAGAUGUCAAUCAAAAUGAGACAACAGUUGCAUAUAAUAGCAAAAAUGAUAUUUAA